CCAGUCCUUCUCCAAGGUCAAAGUAACUACCAGAAGAAAAAACAGAACAAGUUCCCCUUUUCUUCUCUAAUCUUAAAAGCAUCCGUCUCCACUCAUCCUCAAGCUCCUCAAUGGAAUCAUCUCCUCCACCUCUCCUCCCACUCACCUUCAAUAACUCCGACGACACGCUCCUCUUCAAUAUCAUUCUAGCCUCCCCCUCCUCCUCUGUCGGCCCCAAAGCUUCGACUUUAACCUCCGAAUCCCGGCCAAAGGAGCAGAGGAGUUCCUACAGAGGCGUCCGCCGUCGGCCAUGGGGUAAGUUCGCCGCUGAGAUCAGAGACUCAACUCGGCAUGGCGUCAGAGUGUGGUUGGGAACAUUCGACACCCCGGAGGCGGCGGCGCUGGCUUAUGACCAAGCUGCUUUAUCUCUGCGCGGGCCAAUGGCAAUGCUCAAUUUUCCGGUGGAGAAAGUGAGGGAGUCGCUCAGAGGAGUCGAGUAUGGAGAGGAAGGGUGUUCGCCGGCGUUGGCGCUGAAGCGGCGCCACUCUGUUCUUCGGAAGUCGGCGGCGAAGAGGAAGGCGGUGGAGGGCGUGGUUGAGUUGGAAGACUUGGGAGCUGAAUACUUGGAAGAGCUGCUUACUGCAUCUGACGUCGCUGCAAGCUGCUGCUGA